AUGAAGAGGAAUACUGAAGAUGAUGAAGCCGAGAAUCGUCAGCGCAGAAGGGAUCGAAUCUGGCGCCGAGUACAAGCGGCUGAGGAGAGACGCCAAUUCCUUGAUGGGGUACCCUAUGACUCUGAUGCUGAUGUUUCUGAGGAGGAGACUGCGUGGGUAUUUACAGAGCGCAAGAUCAAGCCUGACCGAUACGAAAGAGAGUCUAGGAGGACCAUGAAUCAAAUUGAAGCCGAAGCCGAAGCAGAAGAAGACUCAGACUCAGAUGAUGAUCCUGAGGAUCGUCCAGACUUCAUCCCUGACACUGAUUCCGACGAAGAGGAAGAUAGUGAUGACAAAUUUGACGACUCGGAUGACGAGAAGGACAGUGAUGACGAAUCUGACAAUUCAGAUGAGUCUGACGAGUAG